CUCAUUUCUGUUUGGGAGGGAAGGAGGGAAUUGCUCAGGGUAUUAAAUGUAUCUGAUCUUGAACAAUGUAAAGAAGUAAUAACCAUUUCAAGUUUUGAGCAGAUAACUAAAGCUGGGGAAAUUGGAUCUUCAACAAUGCCUCACAAUGUGAAUCCCAUUGAUUUUGAGAACACUGAAGGAAAUCUAGGAGUUGCUAAUGGAAACCUACAGCAUCUUAGCACAAAGCUACCUAUUUCUCGGUUGCAGAGGGAUUUGACGGAUUCAACUGCUCUGAGAAACAUGGGAGUAGGGUUGGGGCAUUCACUUAUUCCAUAUCGAAAUGCAUUACAGGGAAUUACAAAGCUUCAGGUCAAUGAAGCUGCCUUGACAGAAGAUUUGAACCAAACACUGGAGGUUCUUGCAGAACCUAUACAAACUGUCAAAACAAUGUCUGCCAAUAACUCUUGCGAUUUGGUACUAUCAAGUUUAACAGCUGUAUGCCCGUUGGAUGGCCGCUACUGGGAUAAAUUUAAGGUCCUUGCUCCGUUCAUGAGCGAGUAUGGGCUCAUUCGCUUUCGAGUUUUAGUUGAGAUUGAGUGGUUGUUAAAGCUUUCAGAAGUUCCAGAAAUCCCCGAAGUUCCUGAUUUCUCUCCGGGAGCGAAGUCGUUCCUACAUGACUUGAUUGAUGGAUUUAGCUUGGAUGAUGCCAUGGAAGUGAAGGAAAUUGAGAGAGUGACUAACAAUGAUGUUAAAGCAGUGGAGUACUUCCUGAAACAAAGAUGCCAAUCACAUGAAGAAAUUUCAAAGGUGCUUGAGUUUUCCCAUUUUGAAUGCACUUCUGAAGACAUCAACAACCUAGCACAUGCAUUAACGCUAAAAGAAGCUAUUAGCAGUGUUAUAUUGCGAGUCAUGGAUGAAUUGAUUACAGCAAUCACUAGCAUUGCCACAAAGACUGCUCAUGUCCCAAUGCUAUCCCACACCCAUGGGCAGCCAGCUACACCUACAACACUAGGCAAGGAAAUGGCCAAUUUUUCAUAUCGGUUAUAUACAGCAAGGCAGAAGAUUUCACAAAUUGCACAAAUUGAGAUUGAAUCCCUUGACGAUAUGGCCAAACUGUCUAAAUCAAUUAUCCGAUUCAACACCAUUUUAAUUAAUUUUAAUCGAGACAUUUGGGACUACAUUUCCUUGCGAUACUUCAAACAGAUAACUAAAGCUGGUGAAAUUGGAUCUUCAACAAUGCCUCACAAGGUGAAUCCCAUUGAUUUUGAGAACAGCGAAGGAAAUCUAGGAGUUGCUAAUGGAAGUCUAUCGUAUUUUAGCACAAAGCCACCUAUUCCUCCGUGGUAGGUACACCAUACUUGUCCACUUUUUGUGAGGGAUUUGACGGAUUCAACUGCUCUGCGAAACAUGGGAGUAGGGUUGGGGCAUUCACUUAUUGCAUAGGGAUUUGACGGAUUCCCUGUAAUUCACUUACAGCGAAUUACAAAGCUUCAGGUCAAUGAAGCUGCCUUGACACAAGACUUGAACCGAUCAUGGGAGGUUCUUGCUGAAGCUAUACAAACUGUGAUGCGAAGAGAUGGCGUCCCCGAGCCUUAUGAAAAGCUGAAAGAGCUAACCCGGGGGAGGACAGUGACAAAAGAAAGCAUUAGAGAGUUCAUUGAAGGUUUGGAAUUACCACCCAAUGCAAAGACAUCUCUCUUGAACUUAACACCACAUACAUAUAUCGGCGCUGCUGCUGAGUUGGCCAAGAACAUCGAGAGCGCUGUUCAAAAUGUUGGGCAACAACAUCAAAAGUAGAGAGGCUGUUUCUGAAGAGACCCCUGGCACAGUGUCCAAAGUUGCAUUGAUUGACUAACUGCUACUUCUUAACAUUCAUUCCGUUGAUGUUUUAUUAUGUUAUGUGUCAUCGAUAACAUUUCCUUUUUCCAACUACUUUUGGAUUCUUUCUAUCUUCUUCGAGCAUGCAACUUUAUUUAUCCAAUUCAACAGAGUAGUCUUAAAAUUGUUGUAAAUAUUUUUAAAAUACGCAAGCCGUACAAUUUAAAUGUAGCAAUAUUUAAAUCUUGAUGAUAAUACCUAUGGAGUAUAUUUUAUUUCAUAAUAAAUUUGAAUUCCAUUA